AUGAGGUUGAACAAGGUGUCUGAAGCUGAGCACUGGUACUUGGAGUCCCUGAGAUCAAAGACUGACCACAUCCCAGCACAUCUUACUUAUGGCAAGCUACUGACCUUGACGGGACGUAAAAGUGAAGCUGAGCGUUACUUUUUAAAAGCAAUACAGCUGGAUCCCACCAAAGGAAACUGUUACAUGCAUUAUGGACAAUUCUUAUUGGAAGAAGGGCGAGUCCUAGAAGCUGCAGAAAUGGCAAAGAAGGCUGCGGAGCUUGAAAGUUCUGAAUUUGAUGUAGUUUUCAAUGCAGCCCACAUGCUCAGGCAAGCUAGUCUAAAUGAAGCAGCAGAAUCCUACUACAAAAUGGCAGCAGAACUGAGACCCAAUUAUCCUGCUGCCUUGAUGAAUCUGGGAGCUAUUCUUCAUCUCAAUGGCAAAUUGGAAGAGGCAGAAGCCAACUACCUCCGAGCUCUUCAGUUCAAACCAGAUGAUGUUAUAACCCAGUCCAAUCUUCGCAAACUGUGGAAUAUCAUGGAGAAACAAGGUCUAAAGACAUCAAAAACGUGA